AUGAAUGUUAAGAUAGAUGGAAAGCCUUUGCAGUUUCCUGGUUCGCAUCCUGUAUCUUUAGACAGGGAAGGGCUUCAACUCUUGAGGCAGAGGUACUAUUACGCGACUUGGAAAGCAGAUGGAACACGUUACAUGAUGCUCUUGACUAGAGAAGGAUGUUAUUUGAUAGACAGGAAUUUCAGAUUCAGAAGAGUACAGAUGCGUUUCCCUUGUAGUAGGUCUCACGAGCCUAAAGUGCAUGAAUACACUUUGCUUGAUGGAGAGAUGGUUGUAGAUAACUUUGUAGACGGACAAGGAAGGCCUUGUCAGGCGAGGAGGUAUCUUGUCUAUGACAUGGUGGCAGUCAACGGUGUAUCAGUAGCUGACCGUCCUUUCAGUGAAAGAUGGAGCAUUAUCGAUAGAGAGGUGAUGAGACCUCGUAACGAUGAGAAGAAGGUUACAAACCAUUGGUACAGAUACGAGAUGGAGCCUUUUGGGGUACGUAUAAAAGCGUUUUGUAUACUCUCUGCUUUGGAGAAGAAGGUGUUCAAAGAGCUGAUACCUAAGCUUUCACAUGAAUCCGAUGGGAUAAUACUUCAAGGUUGGGACGACCCUUAUGUUUACCAGAGAAACCAAGGCUUAUUCAAGUGGAAGUUUCAAGACACUAUUGACUUUUUAUUUGAAGUGGGUAGAGAUGGGCGUUACAUGCUGUUCGUGUAUGAAAACGGGAGGAAAAAGCUUAUGAAUAGACAUACGGUUGAGUUUAGAGGUGAUGGUUGGGACCACCCGGGUUGUUACUCUGGGAAGCUUUUGGAGUGUUUUUGGGAUAAAGAGUACAAAGUAUGGGUGCCUAUGAGGGUUAGAGUUGAUAAAUCUCGACCAAAUGGUAUGGGAACUUUUCGUGGUGUGAUGAAAUCUAUUAAUGAUGAUAUAACUAAGGAGGUUUUGCUGGAUGAGAUCAAAGAGAUUGUUCGUCUUCCAAUGUACGUUGAGCGUAUUGAUAGGGAUACUCACCGUAAAGUCUGA